UUUCACUUUUUUAGAAUUUUAAAGCCAUUUAUAAUUAGUUUUAAGUGUGUAAAUGUGUAGUUUAUAGUGAAUGGAUGUAAAUGAAUCUACUGUAGAUGAAGUAAGGACGUCGAAACCAUCAAAAUCAAAUGAAAAAGCCCUUAUUUGCGGAGCGCAAAAAUUAAGAAAUUUCUUUGCAAAUUUACGACGAAACAAUUUUGAGGACGAGGACGAUUCUGUAACGUUAAGUUACGACGUUGAGCGUAAAUUGUCUUCAGGAUUUUCAUACAAACUGAAAGAUGAAAAAUCUGAUGUGAAGAAGACGCUUUGGCCUGUUACAUGUCGCGAAUAUUUGUUUCUUCCCGAAUAUAAAGUCCGUUGUGAGGAACUCGAAGAAAAAUUCGAAAUAAUUAAUUACAUUGCUAAAGGAUCUUUUGGAAAGGUUUAUAAAGUCAAACGAUUAGAAGAUUCAAAAAUUUUCGCUUUAAAAGUUUUCGAAAAAUCGAAGAUUAUUCUUGACGACUAUCAACAACAAUUGAAAUACGAAGUUGUGAUUCAAAAGGCAAUUAGUCAUCAUCCUUUCAUUACAUCGAGUUACGAACGUUGGCAGAACAAAGGAUUUGUUUAUCAACUUUCAGAAUUCAUUAGCAAAGGUGAAAUAUUUGAAACCAUCAAAAUAUUUACCAAUAAACUGAUUCAAUUUUACAUUGCUGAGUUGGCGAUUGUAAUUGAUUUCUUACAUAACGCCGGCAUCAUUUAUCGCGAUCUUAAAAGUGAAAAUAUUCUUUUGGAUGAAAAUUAUCACAUUAAAUUGACAGAUUUCGGGCUCAGCAAGUGGUUAAAGUUGGGCCAACGAACCUACACAAUUUGUGGAACGCGCAGCUCCAUGGCACCGGAGAUUUUUGCCGGUGAAGGCUAUUCACACGCGGUCGAUUGGUAUGCUUUGGGAGUUCUGGCAAGUAAAAUGAUGUGCAAUCAUCAGCAGAAUGGUCGAGAAUCUGAAGAUGUAUUCAAAGACUUCGAUCAGGUCGAUGACGCGCGUUGUGCAAUAGAUGAGAAUGAGACGAAGCUUAUAAGCGAAACGGGAAGCAAAUUAAGCGAUGCCUCAAAUGAUUUGCUGCGUCGAAUGCUUGAGAAAAAUCCGCAACAUCGAUUGAAAUCACUCUUGGCGCUACAACGUAUUGCAUUCUAUCUCAAUUAUAACUUUGACGAUGUCCGAUACAUGAAGAUAUCGCCUAGAAAAUUGAUAGAAGAUGAAAAUCUCUUGAAACUUUAAUUACAUUCUUCAAUCACGAAUCUCGAAUCAUCAUCAUCUGGUGAGAUGGAAGAAUGACAUCAAUUUUAAUGAUCAACGAUAAUCACACAACAUUAUUAUCUACAACAAAGUUUCAAUUUCUUCUCAUACCUAUUCAAAUUAUAACAUCAACCUUGUUGUUAAAUCGUUUGAAAACGCUUCGUUUUGUGCCUUUAAACAACUCGCAAAUUGGAAAUUAAUUGCCAUUGCUUCUAACAAAGUGAAUUGGAAGGGAGGAAAAUGCGACGAAAAUAGAAAAUAAAUUAAAUAUUGAAAUAAAUAAAACAAUUACUAACUGCACUCCCUUCAUUUUUCAAUUUACAGUUUCGUUCAUUCAUUUGCGAGGUAAUUUUAGAAUCUAAAAAAUGUAGAUAAAUUAAAAUUUCAAUUCGAAUAAUAAAAAAAAUAUGCAAAUAAACUUCCGG